AUGGCAGACCCAUCGCUGGCCUCCAACAACCCUUUUCGCCGCAAGAGCACCGUCCCGAUCGCCUCGCCGACCUCCUCCACCACCGCUACCGGCCUGGCCCUCGACACCGCCUCGACAGCUGCUCCGCCACAUCCUUCUUUGGCAAAGAGCUCUACCUUUCCUCAAUCACCCUCCGACGCCAACACCCAUACCCACAGCGGAGCUCCCGGAGCUCCCGGACGAACUGCCAACAGUGGCCUGGGGAACGAUUCAUAUGCGGUCGAUUACGAGGACCACGAUGCGCCGCGCGGCCGGUCGAAUGUGACCAGUGAUGCGUUUCGCGAGCACCUCCAGGCGCUGCCCAAGUCUACCGAGGCACCUCCGUCCACGACAUUCCUGAAACCCAAGCCUGUCAAGAAGGUGCGCGUGCAGUCCCCGCCGCCCUCAUCACCGUCCUCAGUCGACUCCGUCGACGCCGACUUUGAGGCGCGGUUUCCUUCCGAUUUGUCUGGUGCGGCAAGCGGUUCGACAGGCGCACCGUCUACGACGCGUUUUGGCGACUAUGGCACCCGGGGCGGUUUGCUCGACGACCGCCCGGUCAGGAACUACGAGGAUUAUAGUAGCGAGUCGGACGAAUCGGAAUCAGAAGACAGUGACUCUGUCGGUGGCCGCGGUGGCAGUACAGGCGCCGCUACUGGAUCAUUCUCGGCAGCCACAUCUUUGCCGUCCUUUCCCUCCCAAGCGCAACCACCACCACCACCAAACCCCUUCCAACAGACACUCGGAGACCUGGAGUCCGGACAUAAGAGCGUGAGCGAGUCGCAGUCUGACCCGGCUGUGGCAGCCUCCUCUGGAAAGGCUACCUUUGACGUGGACACCUUUAGUCGGUUGUUGUUGACGGGCCAGGGUCCUGCAGCAGCAGCGCCGCCUCCUCCACCUCCACCACCACCUGCGCGGUUUGACACGGUCCCUGCAGCUGAAGAAACACCUCGGACAUCGCAUGAGAUCUCCGAGAAUGACGAAGAUCGCACUGGCUUGAUCCACGGGGCUUUAUCUGUGGACGAACCUGCGCCACGACAAACACCACGGAAGAAGCCGCCUCCGCCAAGCUCGCGGCACGGUAAGCUGAUCAAGGCGCAGCCCAAGGACAUCAAGGCACCAACGAAGGAGAGUAGUAGCGGAGGCGAGGACGCGUCGAUAUCGCCCUCGGACGUGAACAAGCCUCUUCCACCACCGCCCGCGCGCCGACCGGCCAACGUGAACGAAGAUGACGACGCCAUGGACAGCGUUUUCGACCGCGAGGUCACCGUCAACCAGCCCGAGGUGGACCUCGACCCCGAGGCACCAGAAGAGGCUGUUCCCCCACCACGACCACCGACACCCCCCAACGUGUCUCACUCAGCCGAAUUCUCCCCCUUACAUCCAACCUCAGACCUCGGCGCCGGCGCCUUGGUUGCCUCCUCUGCAGCACCUGCCACAACUGUGGCAGCGGCAACAGCAUCUAAACCCUCUCCCCCUCACACCAAAAAGCCCAUCCCAGCCCCGCCACCGCGCCGGCAGGCUGCCGGGCAUCACCGCACCGAAAGCCGAUCCCAGCCUUCCGGCGACCGGCCUCCUCUGCCGACACCACCGCCGCACGCCUCAUUGUCUGGCGAUGCCGUCACGACUGAUCAGCUACACGACAAAUCUCCUCUCGAAUCGCCUCGGUCUUCUUUAGAUUCGACAUACAGCCACUCACGGUCAUCGAGUCUCGCCAAACCCAACGCAAAUGCCAAUGCCAACUCAGGUGGCAGCGUCCCGGCACCACCGCCACCUCGACGCGCCAACCAUGUUCAACGGCCCUCAAUGGCUGCCCCACCAAACGCCUCUGGCUCUACGCCCGUGCUGAGCGCACCUGGCCUGUCCGACCACGACCGGCAACCUAGUACUCAAGCAGGUAUUCCCGCGGGGGCUAGUACGCCGUCGCUGGUUCCUCAACCUGGCAGCACUAGUGGCAGCGGCUCGUCCACGCCCAUCCCCAAUCGGCUGCUGGCCAAACCGCCACCACCACCCGCGCGCAACACGUCCGUUCGCCACAAAGAGAGCCGACCUGCCGCCCUGGCAUCGACAGAUAGCAGCGGCAGCGUUGGCAGCGGUGCUGGGAGUGGCAGCGGGCGGCCAUCGAGCAUUGCCAGUGUUGAUGCUAUCGCCCGCCGUGUCGGGCCCCUACAGCCACCACCGCCUCCUCCGACGCGCCAGCGCGGCAGUAGUCGUGGAAGUAUGGAUGCGCCAGCUAGCCACGCGAAUGCGUCAACUGCGGCAAAUGCGACCAACCCAUCGGCUCUCUCGAACGCAUCGCCCUCGAUGGCAUCCAAGCCCCGUCAAGCUAGCUCAGAGAGUGUGCGCCCCGGCCAGGAUCAGGGCCUGGCACCGGCUCAAGAGAGCGAGGAAGGCCGGCCCGACGACAACGGCGUGGCUAACAAUAUUUUAGCGGAUCUGGACGCACUGCGGCGCGAAGUCGACGCUCUACGGGGUCAGUUCAAUACGGAGUAG